GAUCUUAUAAAAAAGAGGGUGAAAGUAAUUGAAAAUAAGAAUACAGACACCAACACCAACAAAUUGAAAAAGGCAGCAUGGAUGGAGCUUGUGGAUGAUUUUAACUCUUUGUGUACAAGUGGAAUACGGAAUGUAACCCAGCUAAGGUCACAGUGGUCUACAAUAAAAAUGACAGCAAAAAAGGAAAUGUCAUCGUAUCGUAAGCAGGCUAAGCUGACUGGCGGUGGGCCACCAACAUCACUAGCUGCACUUUCGGACAAUGACAUUGCAGUUUGGCUGCCGGAAGAGUUUGUUAUUGAUGAUAACGAGUUUGAUUCCGACGUCAUAUUUUCAAAGAUUAUUCAAGAAACGCAAGAGGAUGCUAUAGUAAAAACUUCACCUCAAGAUGUGAAACCACUUAAAAUUAAUGAUGAUAAGGAUUCACAAGAGAAUCUUAUUGAAAAAACUCCCUUGAUAGACGCGACUCCUAAUGAAAUCAAUGGUGAUAAAAAAAAAGAUGCUUCUGAGAAAACCAAUAGUGUGGACGAAAAUCUUGUCAAAAUUGCAGAAGUGGAUGUGGCAUGUCGGAAAGAACUCCAUUCACUUCGGAUGGAGGUUGAAAGAAAACGUAUCCGUAAUUUGGAUUUGGAACACGAGCUUUUGAAAAUGCGAUUAAAAUAUUACAAGCAAACAGUUGAUAAAAUUGAUCCUUUUUAA